GAGGAUAUUGUUGCUGCUUUUCAUGACGCAGACAUCGACCGCUCAGGGUCUUUAAAUCUCGAUGAGGUGCGACGAUUAAUGCACCGCAUGGAUCCCGACUUUCCUUUGGACGAGAUUCGUGCUCUACUCAAAUUCGUCGAUGUAGACGAGGAUGGACAGAUUACUUUGGAAGAGUUUAAACGUCUCUUUCGUCAG